AUCAAUCUGUUGCCAAGCAUUUGUGCGUGUCUCUUGGAGGGUGGAAGUCAGACCAGCAUUAGAAAAUGGCCGAUCAACUGACAGAGGAGCAGAUUGCUGAAUUCAAAGAGGCUUUCUCACUAUUCGAUAAAGAUGGGGAUGGUACCAUUACCACCAAAGAGCUGGGCACAGUCAUGCGCUCCCUGGGCCAGAAUCCAACAGAGGCCGAGCUGCAGGACAUGAUCAACGAGGUGGAUGCAGAUGGUAACGGAACAAUAGACUUCCCAGAGUUUCUGACCAUGAUGGCCCGAAAGAUGAAGGACACCGACAGCGAGGAGGAGAUCCGAGAAGCUUUCCGCGUCUUUGACAAGGAUGGAAACGGAUACAUCAGCGCCGCGGAGCUUCGCCACGUCAUGACAAACUUGGGGGAGAAGUUGACGGAUGAGGAGGUGGAUGAGAUGAUCAGAGAAGCAGACAUUGAUGGAGACGGCCAGGUCAAUUAUGAAGAGUUUGUACAGAUGAUGACGGCGAAGUGA